CGCGGGAAAAUAGUAAACAAACCGCUUCAACCAAUUGUCGUAAAAAACAUGAACUUCACAGCUCCAAGAUGAUGGACAAACUAACAAGCUCCGAAAACAUCAAAACCUUCGUACACGAAAACCUAAAGGAGGAUCUUCGAGUGUACGAAAGGCAGCUGAAUGAAAUUAACGCAGAAACCGUAGAGUAUGUUCAUCUGAAACACAUGAUCGAAACGAUUCUUCUCAACCAGAAAAAUGGUGAAGGUUUCAAAACGCAAGUAAACAUCGGAGGAAACAUGUUCAUGAAGGCGCGGGCCGAUAAUGCUAGCCGCUUGCUGGUGGACAUCGGAUUGAAGGUGUACGUUGAGUUUACCAUCGACGAAGCGUUGCGGUUUGUAGAAAUGAGGAUCAAAGUGUUGACGAAACAGGCGGACGUAAUCCGAGAUAAGAGCAUUGAAACGAAAACCAAUAUUAAACUUGCACUGCUCGUCAUCGGCGAGGGUCAGCGUCUUCACAACGUAGAGGAACAACGAUAAAACAUUGUUAAACGUUAAAACAAGCUUAGAUUAGAAGUUACGAGUAUGCCCGAAAUAGAAGAGUUCGUUUUAACAGAAAA